ACAAAAAAAAACUGAGGAGAGAAGCAAGUAAAAAAAAUGGCGGCGGCGGGGAGGAAAGGGCCGUGGACGGAGGAGGAGGACGCUCGACUCGUAUUCGUCGUGCGCUUGUUCGGUGAGCGUCGUUGGGAUAACGUAGCGAAGGUGUCAGGUCUCAACAGGUCCGGCAAGAGUUGCCGGCUCCGGUGGGUCAACUACCUCCACCCCGGCCUCAAACACGGCCCUUUGACCCCCCACGAGCAGCGCCUCGUCAUUCAACUCCACGCCAAGUGGGGCAAUAGGUGGUCCAGGAUUGCACUGUGCCUUCCAGGUCGUACAGACAACGAGAUCAAGAACUACUGGAGGACUCACACGAGGAAGAAGGCGGAAGAACUGAGGAUGAGUUCACCCUCCUCUUUGUCGUCACAGUCAUCGUCGUCAAACAGUGAAGUAGUAGGACAGGGACCUGUGGUGGAUGGAGAUGGAGAUGGAGAUGGAUAUAGUAUGGAUCAGAUAUGGGAUGAGAUAUCUGCCUCGGAGAGCAGCAGGAUGUUGGAAGACUGUUCUGAAUCCGUACUGUGGGAGUUAGAUGACGAAGAGUGCUUACAGAUAUGGAUAUGAUCACAGUAGUCUUAAGUAGAAGUACUAAUUAUAGCUUAGUUAGUAGACAACUGAGAUGCUUUA